UUUGUCACUGCUGUAAGAACCGAAACGUUUCCUCGAGCUGCACGAUCAAGCUAGAAAGAUAACGACGAAUUUCCUCGAAUAUUGAGGGACAUUACGUGCUUUUUGUAACAUUCUUCUUGAAUUAUGGCUUCGUCCCAGUCUACGGAUAUUAUGUCAUCCGAUCGUCGCAGAACGGACGAUCAAAUGAAGCUGCCACAAGUUCAGCGAAACCUCAAUGAUCCUGUUUGCGCACUCGACCUACCACCCGAAUCCUUGAGAAUUCUCCAUCGAAUGAAGAUCACCUCCUUGCGUGAUCUGUGGAAAUUCACGAAGCAGGAGCUGAAGGAUUGCGGCCUGACAGAACGUGAAUUGUGCGAAGUGUUGUCCAAAGCCACUGCAGAAAAACUAGAGUCGUGUAAUCAGUUAUCGUCGCAUCUGGAAGCAGCGCAGAAGCGUUUCACCAGCGGAUGCCCGAAGCUCGACCAUUUCUUUCGCGGUGGCUUUCCCCAUGGACGCAUCCUGGAAGUGUGUGGGCCGGCCGGAGCUGGAAAAACUCAGUUAUGUUUGCAGUUAUCCUUGGUGAUCCAGUUGGCCAAAGUUUCGGGGGGAUUAGGAGGAGACUGUUUGUAUUUAUUCACCGAGAAUGGCUUUCCCAGCCGGCGCUUGAAGCAGUUAUCCGAUCAUUACGCAAAACAUGCUGGAACCGACGCGAGUUAUUCUGCGAUUUCCCUGGAUAAUGUUUUUGUCGAGACACUCAACAGUUUUGAUAAGCUGGAGGCGUUCUUGACAAUCCGAAUUCACAGCCUACUUGCAGCCCGGCCAGUGCGUCUGAUAGUCAUUGACUCCAUCACCAACGUAUUUCGUUAUAUUGACACAGAAGACGUCCAGAUCCCGCAGCGGGCCAGAGCGUUACAGAGCAUUGGGACGCUACUCAUUGGUCUGCAAAAUACCUACGGAGUCAGCAUAGUUUGCGCAAACCAGAUAUCGGACGCUGUGCAGAGCAGCGAUCUCCAUGGGCUACCGGGAAAUAGUGUCGUACCGGCACUGGGAAUCGCCUGGGCUAAUUUUGUCUCCACGCGGAUUAUGCUUCGUAAGACGUAUAACUCAGAAUCCCGCGCAUCGCCCUCGUUUUCGCCACACCGCGAAAUGUGCGUUUUGUUUUCACCGUGUCUGCCGUCGACCUCCAUGACCUUCAAGAUCACAGCGGAAGGGAUUUUCGCGAGUGGAUGAUGAGAGAGCGCAAUCUUUCUCAUCGGAAAUGGAUGUCUAAUCAUGAUCAAUUGAGGAUUGUUAUCGUUUGAAAUUAAAGUGUGGAUAAUAGGGGGAUGUUUGUGAGUACGGUCGGCUGGCGCAUCGCCUACGCGUAGGACACCACCGACUCCAUUUUGCCGUCAGCUUCCGAGGAAAUUUGGGUUUUGUGGACGUAUUCUUUGAGAACAAUAGGCUCAACACGGGUGCUUUCGAGGAAUGUCUUCCAAUGCAGCGUUCUGCAAGAAUGCGAUGUUUUUAUUAGUGGUGUUAGGCAUCGAGAUGUCUUAGUUUUACCUUUUCAACUUUUUUUAAUUUUUUCUGUGUUCAAGUUCUUUUACGGAGCUGAAAGGUUUGUUACGAGAAAUGUGACUAUUUCAGUUGACGCGGGUGUGUCCUACAGUUGAGUG